AUGGCUCAAUACAGAGCAUCAGUUGAUACUGCAAAGUUGAACGGGAAAGCCAAGCCCAAAACAGUAGAGGAGACAUCGGGUUGGCAGAAGACUCUGGGUGCUCUUGUCAUCAUCACUGGGGUGAUUGCCGCUGCUUUCCUGACAGGGGUCAUAAGGAUAGACAGGAAUAUAGAUAACGAUGGAGAGCAGAAUCAUACCCAGGAGGCCCAUUCUAAUGUUGCAGAGAUCAAAGAUUCCAAGUCCAACAAGACUACUGUAUUAUUUACCCAGACGGAGCAUAACAAUCUAACAAGUGAAACUCCCGAGUCAGAGCUCAAAACUGAGCAUCACAGAGAUGAAGAUAAAAAGUCAAACAGUGAUACAGAAAUAGACAAUAGAAAAGUCAUAAGUUCAGAGAGCAUAGCACACGCUCCCCUUCAAAGAUUUUCAGAAAGUGAUGCUGAUGUGACCAAAGAAGUAAGUGAUGUUGAGGAAAAGGAAGACAAGCUUGAUUUUCAAGCGGAGGCUGUGUUUGAAGUAAAGAGGGACGUUUCGGAAGAGAGGGUUGAUGAGGAAAAACAGCCUGUACCUGCUCAUGGAAAUCUGAAGACCGAGGAUCCGGCCAAGGCCUUUACAGGAAAGGAGGCCACUGUGACAGAGACCGAUUUUCCAAAGGGUAAAAUGGUCACUCCAAAAAGAACUCCAAGGUCUACUGAAAACACCAAAGAAUCCAAAAGCAAACCACCUGGUAAAGCCAAUAAACCCCAGGAGACAUUACAAGUUCAAGAGACUGCAUCUGAUAGAUUAGAGUCAAAAUCUGAUAUGGAACAAGAUGUUCCAUCACUGAAGGAGGCUGGUGAAGCUGCAGAACGAAAAACAGGAAAGGCUGAUGGUGUGAGACCUUCACCACCAGGGGAGAUGAAACAACCUGAAAAGACAAGGACUAAGAGUAAAGAUCAUCAGACUAAGGACAGGAAAAAAGCAAAGGUGUCUCCAAGAAAGGUUGAUGGUGUGAGCCCUCCAGCACCGCUUGAGGUCAGAAGUUCUCCAAGAAAGGAUGACAGUGUAAAGCCACCACCACCAGUUGAAAAGGACAUGAAGAAUGCUAAACAGUCUUCAAGAAAGUCUGAUGAUGUGAGCCCUCCACUACCACAAAAGGGCACAGAAAGACUUGAAGAAUCUCCAAGAAAGACUGCCCGUGUGAGGCCACCACCACCACAAGAGGAGAGGGGAAAAUCCAAAGAGCCUCCUAGGAAAACUGAUGGUGGCAGGACUCCUCCGCCUCUGGAGACAACACAUCCUGAAGCAGAAAGGGCCAUGGGAAACUCUGAUCAGGCUAAGGACAGGAAAAGUGACAGUCCUCCACCACCCCCACCACCACCAGCACAGGAGACAACACAACCUGAAUCAGAAAGGGCCAUGGGGAACUCUGAUCAAGCUAGGGACAGGAAAAGUGACAGUCCUCCACGACCCCCACCACCAGCACAGGAGACAACACAACCUGAAGCAGAAAAGGCCAUGGGGAACUCUGAUCAGGCUAGGGACAGGAAAAGUGACAGUCCUCCACGACCCCCACCACCAGCACAGGAGACAACACAACCUGAAGCAGAAAGGGCCAUGGGGAACUCUGAUCAAGCUAGGGACAGGAAAAGUGACAGUCCUCCACGACCCCCACCACCAGCACAGGAGACAACACAACCUGAAGCAGAAAAGGCCAUGGGGAACUCUGAUCAGGCUAGGGACAGGAAAAGUGACAGUCCUCCACGACCCCCACCACCAGCACAGGAGACAACACAACCUGAAGCAGAAAGGGCCAUGGGGAACUCUGAUCAAGCUAGGGACAGGAAAAGUGACAGUCCUCCACGACCCCCACCACCAGCACAGGAGACAACACAACCUGAAGCAGAAAGGGCCAUGGGGAACUCUGAUCAAGCUAGGGACAGGAAAAGUGACAGUCCUCCACGACCCCCACCACCAGCACAGGAGACAACACAACCUGAAGCAGAAAGGGCCAUGGGGAACUCUGAUCAAGCUAGGGACAGGAAAAGUGACAGUCCUCCACGACCCCCACCACCAGCACAGGAGACAACACAACCUGAAGCAGAAAAGGCCAUGGGGAACUCUGAUCAGGCUAAGGACAGGAAAAGCAACCGUCCUCCACGACCCCCACCACCAGCACAGGAGACAACACAACCUGAAGCAGAAAAGGCCAUGGGGAACUCUGAUCAGGCUAAGGACAGGAAAAGCAACCGUCCUCCACCACCAGCACAGGAGACAACACAACCUGAAGCAGAUAGGGCCAUGAAGAAAGAAGAGCACUCUGUGGAUAGGUCAGAUACAUCUAAAGUAAGAGAGAACAUCAGUAGAAAACCUGAAAGUAAGGAACCAAUUCAGAAGUCAGUCUUAGAAACACUUCUUGAGGAAACAGAAGGCCUUAUCCAAAAGAACAAGAAAGAUCAAGCUCUGUACAAGUACGAGGACAUCAUCAAACGGUUUCCAAACAGUGCAAAGGCUCUGAUGGCAAAGGCUCAACUCCUUGACACGCUAGCGGAGGAGAGGAGGAGCAACGAUCUACUUGAUGGAGCAAUCCAGUCAUACAGACAAGCAGCUGAUACACCACAUUGCCCCCGAGAUAUCAAGCGAGCUGCCCUUGCAAGAAUGGGAGACAGGUUGUCUUUCUUUGGAAAGUCAUCAAGAUCCAUCCAAGUGUACCUGGAACUUGUGAAAGAAUUCCCAGAUGAUUAUGAAGCCAAGAAAAGCCUCGCUGUCCAGUAUCUCAUCGCUGGGAAAAAUAAGAGAGCCAAGCAUUACUUUGAGGAGAUGGUAGAGAGAAAUCCAACGGAUGGCUUUGCAUUGGUCCACUUGGGGUUCAUCUUGAAAUCGGAAGAGAAUUACCUUGAAGCAAUCCCGCUCUUGAGGGCAGGCAUUGAUACCGGUGAUAGGGAAACCAAUGAGGGAAAAUUCUUCUUCCACUUAGGGGAAUCCUUCUUAAGGACAGGUCGGAUUGAAGAGUCCUACAAGAUAUAUGACGAGGCAGUUAGCAGGGGUCAUUUCAGGUCAAGGUAUCAAAGGUCACUUUACAACGUCGACUCGCUGAGGGGAAGACAAUUCUGGACUCCAAGAGAGGCAGGAUUUGCUGAAGGAGCGAAGAUAUUAGAAAGUAAUUGGGAGACGAUUCGAGAUGAGGCCGUAGCCUUGCUUAGCACCGAUGGAUUCUUUAGGAAUGAAGAAGAAAAACUCAGGGAAACGGGUGACUGGAAGCAAUUUACAUUAUUUGCAAAAGGAAGUAAAGACCAAGGGAACUGCCGACAAGCCCCUCGCACCUGUGAGAUAUUUGAUUCAAUCCCUCAAUCAAAAAAUUGUAGAAGAGGCCAGGUGAAGUUUUCAGUAAUGCAUCCUGGUACCCAUGUCUGGCCCCAUUGCGGUCCCACAAACUGUAGAUUAAGAUCUCAUCUUGGACUGAUAAUACCUCAACCUGUCAGGUUACGAGUGGGCAAUACUACAAGAACGUGGGAAGAAGGAAAACUCUUUAUAUUUGACGAUUCUUUUGAACAUGAGGUGUGGCAAGAAGCCGAUAGCCUGAGGUUAAUCCUUAUAGCAGACCUGUGGCAUCCGGACCUCACGGAGUCUGAGAAGAGAAAACUUACAGCAAUAUGAACCCAUCGAACUGAAGAGAUGUGUGUGUGCAUUGAAGACAUCAAAGUCAGUAUAUGGGCCCAUAGAUAAUUCAGGAAGAGAAACAAAACACCUUGCGUGCCAUCGUCUAGUCAGACCCAUUUUUUUUAAGGGGAAAUCUGCCCACUUACUGAUGUAAUUUCUAUCAAGGGUAAUACAAUAGUAAUACUUGGGGAUAUAUGCUGCUAAUGGUCAAAGCCACAGGGUUUUUAAAAUGAGUGUUUUAUCCUGUGUCUUUUGAGCCAUUAAUUACAAUCAAUUCAUUCAUUCCAGUCACUUUGUUCAAUCUGUGAACCAUACCCAUUCCUUCUAAACCCUGUUACAUCAAACUUUCCAUCCAUGGUAACAAUCAGAAACCAGUGCUGACAAAUUUAUUGAAACUCAAGCUGGUUUUUCUCUCUUUCCCAUAGACAUAAUACUUAAAACAUAGAUAUUUUUAAUACUUACGGUAAUACUUUACACUACAUGCGAUUACAUAGAUCACACGGUCCAAUGGAGACAAUGGGUUAGUAUUUCUUUUUACUGAAAUUGGGAAAUUCUUUAAGAAUAUUGAUAAUGAUUAGCCUUAUAUUUUGAUGUACGGUUAUGAAAACAUUACUGACAUUACUAAUAUUAAUCCAGUACAGAAUUUAAGUCCACAGGCCCGUCUUACAAAGACUUGCGAUUGAUCCGAUCAAUCGCAACUAUCGAAAGCCAGCAAAGUCAACAUAUAAAAUGCAAGUUUGCUCAAUUUUUUUUCUAGAUAUGAAUGUAUAUCCAUAAAUUCAUUGAUUUCUUGACAAUUCAGUGUGUUCUCCUUUGUUUAAAAUGGACAUUUUGCAAAUUUCCUGUAGAAAAAAAUUAUGACACUGAUGGAUUUCCAUAGAGUUACGAUUGAUUGGAUCAGUCGUAACUCUUUGUAAGACGGGGCCCAGAUGUUCUGAGUUAUUGGUUGGUAUGACUGUGACUGAGAAAUGUUUCAAAAUCUUGACUUCCAGGAGAGUGUUUCACACAGAGUUAUGUCUGAAUUUCAGGUGACGAGGCAAACUAUCACUCCCUCGGCAAGCUGGAUGUACGGAAAGAUGGCUUCAUCUAGCUUGCCUCGCAAGUGAUAGUUCGCCCAUCAUCUGUGAUUAUUUUUUAUCAUCCACACUAUAACAUGUUGAAGGACAUUCAAAUUCUUACGUACCUGAUUACAUAUAGUAUUAAGACAUGACACCAUUUCCAACAUAACUUUUUGUUAAUUCCUAACCAUGAUUGAUUCAUGUAGUAUGAAGUAUUGUAUGCUAUCUAAAUUCCUUUGCAUCGGAAUGUUAAUACACAGGAAUUAAUAGCAAUGAUAUCAGUCAUACAUACAACCUAUCUGUAUUUGGAGGCUGAAAAGUUUAUUAUGAAGAAAAUAAUAUCCCAUUUCUGUAGUAGACAUGCAAAGUAUUUUCCAUGAAAUUUCAUGAGUUUGACACUUUUUAGAUUAGCACAAAAUCAGUAAAAUACUUGAAAAAUGAAAUUCACAAUGAUAUUUCAAAACCUCCUGACCUAUUUAUGCAAGUGCACUCUGAAAAUUUAUCCGAUUAAUGUACAUGUGGUGUAUUUUUUUCUCGUAGGUGCACUCUUGAACAAUGCUCAUUAUUUGUACUUAAUAUUAAUAUGUAAAGCUACUAGGUUGGCUGCUUCAUCUGGUGUAAAUAUCACUGUCUGCAUUUUGUGUGGUAUAAUACCAGCAUAUAACCUGACUUUUGCAUUUCAAUCAGUUCAUUCAUUUCCACCAUUAUUGCCUGAAUGAGGUAUUUUGGAGACAAGCGGAGCGUUGUGGCCCAGUAGAUUAGUCUUCGGACUUUGAAACAGAGGGUCGUGGGUUCGAAUCCCAGCCAUGGCGUAAUUUCCUUCAGCAAGAAACUGAUCCACAGUGUGCUGCACUCAACCCAGGUGAGGUAAAUGGGUACCGGUAGGAAGUAAUUCCUUAAAAAGCUGUGUGCGCUAUGAACGCCUAGCUUAGCCGGGUAAUAUAGGAGCGCCUUGAGCACCUAACAAGGUGGAUAUGUGCGCAAUAUAAAUACCCUAUAUUAUAUUAAGAUAUAAAUGCGUAUUUUGUCUUACUGAUUGAUUAACUCAACACAAAAUACGUCACAAUGGCCCAUCUAGGUUUUUUGAAGGGGUGGUCCUAACAGUCACUUCGUAUCUUAAUUACUAUACAACAACAUACAUGUAAAUGUGUAAUAAUCUCAUAUAAGUCCUAUUUAAAAAGUGAAAAUAGUUAUAUGCAGAUCAUGAUCAUUAUUACCUGAAUGAAGCAUUUUGGAGACAAGAUAUAAAUGCGUAUUUUGUCUGUCUGAUUGAAUAACUCAACACAAAUUAGGUCACAGUGACCCAUCCAAAGUUCAGCUGAAUGACUAGGGACCAUAAUAUUCAGACACCCCUCCUCAGUGAAUUUUUCAUUUUUCUAUUCCCCUAUUUAUUAAUUAUUCUGUCCAUCAUAUAUCUGAAUUCCCAUUUAAUCAAAUUCAAGCGCAAGUCGUGUAUGCAUUAAGCUCAAUAUACCGUUUUCGCCUUUUCAUUUUUGCUGUCCUGCCGAGUUCUUACGGGAGUUACCAUAAGCAGAAACAGAAUCAGAAGGAAAAAAAUACCUGAUAGUACCUUGAUUCAUUUAUUAUAUAUGCACAUAGGUUAAAUUUAAUAACUGAGUGUAAAUAACUCACUUGUUGCUUACUUGUAGAAUGAACAUUUGUACAGACAGACUAUUUUUCUACAUCUUCAUAACUGGGUCAUAGAAUGCAUUGCUUUCAUUAUAUGUCAGUAGCACUAAUUGUUGUCAUACCAAAAAGAAUAGAAUGAUGCAAAGUGAUGUCAUACAAGAAUGAGUCUAAUUCAUGGUUUUAAGAAUGUGAACACUGAUCCUUAUUAUUGUUAGUGCUUUAUUUUUUGCCAUACUAAAUGAAUGCAAAAGAUUGUAUUUUGGAAGGUUGAUGACAGAUAUUGAUUUUUUUUUUGGUAAUUGUUUGAAAUCAAGAUAUAGUAAAUAUAGAGGCUUUAAUAGGAGAAAUUAUAAUUUGUAAACAAAUUUUUGGCAUUACUCCUAUCUGUUUAAGAACGUAUGCUCGAUCUGUAAUGAAAAUCAUAAGUCAGAAAAAAUUGGAACCGGUGGGAUUCGAACCUGUCAUCUACUGCUUGCCGGGCAGCGACUUAACCACCACUUAACUUAUCAAUUAAGAUAUGUAUUAUUCAAACUCCUGGGGGUGUUUCACAAAGAUUUAAGUAUGACUUAGAGUCGCACUUAAAUACCGAGUUGCGUACGGUAUGAAAGGCUUGAACGCAUUGGUCAGAUCAUGUCAUGAGUAUGCGCACCAAUGCGUAUCAAUAAGAUCGCGCGUUGCAUAUCAUUUACGCGUCGGCAUUUAAGUGCGACUUAAGUCAUACUCAAAAAUUUGUGAAACACCCCCCUGUGGGGACAUGAAUCUUUGACAUUUCUGAACAAAAUGAAAUUGAAUGAAUAGUGAGAAAUUUAUAUUUUCCUUUUGAGAGAAGAAAGUAUUGAUUGUGCUUUGAUGAGUUUCCAUUCCAAAUUUGAUGUGUGAAUAGGUACAGGUUGAGAGCUAUUUAUUCUGCAGCUGCAUUAACAUUAUUUUGGAUAGAUCUGUCACUAAUUAUUGAUUUUGGUUGCAAUGGCUGAAAAUGUUACAUACUAGCUCUUAAUUCACUUGCCAUAUUUUUAAAGCUGAAAUACGCUAAGACAAAAAUGCAUUUAAUCACAAUCAUAUAAUGUUUGUGCUAAUAGCUGAGUGUUUCAUGAAAGUUAUUGUCAAUGAUUUUUCACUCACAGAUUUGUUCUCACCUAUUCAGAAGGAAGGAUUUUUCAGUAUUUUAAAACAGUUGUCAGUGAAAAUCAGUGACUCUUCGUUUCAUGAAAUGCUUUUCAGGGGCCCGUCUUACAAAGAGUUUCGAUUGAUCUGAUCGAUCGCAACUAUGGAAAGCCAGCAACGUCAACAUCUAAAAUACAUGUUUGUUCAAAAAAAUUACUAGAAAUUAUGUAUAUGCAUUCAUUAUCUGUUUUCUUGACAAUUAAGUAUGCUUUUUUUUGUUUUCUCGACAAUUAAGUAUGCUUCUUUUUGUUUUCAAAGGACAUCAAACAAAUUUCCAAAAGAAAAAAUUAUUGUUGUUGGAUUUCCAUAUACUUGAGAUUGAUCGGAUCAAUCGUAACUAUUUGUAAGCCGGGGCCCAGAUCUCCUCGUCUUCCUGCUUUGAAAAUUAUCUGCUAUUUUUUGUAUGCAUUUAUUCUGAAAAAAAUAUAUAUUUAUGUAUUUAAUUGCUU